AUGGCGUUGAACAGACUAUUUAUGAGUUUAAACAUAACACCGAACUCAAUUACGAGAAGAGCUAUACACUUGUCAUGUUAUAAUUUUGCAAGCAAACCGAAUAUUGAAAAACCAAAACCAGGUUUUGGUAAAAGUUAUAGAAGAAUUGUUCAUUUUCCUGAUAAAUAUACAGUGAAACCGUUAGAAGUAACAAAUCUUGCAGGAAGAGAUCCUGAUACAGGUAGGGUGGUUGCAAAAGGAAUAGGUGGUGGUAUAAAACACAAAUAUCAUUGGAUAGAUUGGUAUAGAGAUGGCCCUACGGAAGGACCACCACAAGAAGAAAAAGUUAUUCAGAUAAUGGAGGAUGGAUGCAGAACAGCCCAUAUUGCAUUGGUUGCCGUUGGAGAUAAAUUAAAAUAUAUUUUAGCAACAGAAAAUAUGAAGGCUGGUGAUAUUCUGAAGACAUCAAGAUACUUACCAAGAAUACCAGUUAAAGCUAAUGAAGGAGACGCAUAUGUGUUGGGAGCCCUACCAACUGGUACAAUUGUACACUGUGUUGAGAAAGACCCAGGAAAAGGUGGUCUGUACAUUCACGCGGCAGGAACAUUUGGUACUAUAACCCGCAAACAAGAUGACCGUGUCAUUGUCCAAAUGCCAUCCAAUAGAUUGUUCAGUUUCGACCAACACUGUAUGGCUGUCGUUGGUCGUUUAUCAAAUGUCGAACACGGAAAUACUCCAAUUGGCUCACCUCAAAGAAACAGAUGGCUCGGAAACAGACCAAGGUCUGGCUUGUGGAAGAGGAAAGACGGCAGACAUGGAAGGAAGAUAAGACCACCUAAGCCAGUAAAGGAGAUCUUCACCCCAACAAAAACACCAUUGUCAGAGAUAAAAUUAAACAUGCGCCCU